AUGCUUGUGGAGACAGGUUCUACUUGCUCUCUGUCAGGACUUCCCCACAAGAAUUACGACUACGCCACAGUCUUUGGAAGAUGCGCCGAAAACGUCAUCGGAACCGUGCCCAUUCCUCUCGGCAUCGCAGGCCCCCUUCUUGUCGAUGGUAGACUGGUGAUGCUGCCGAUGGCCACCACUGAGGGAGCGCUCAUUGCCAGCACCUCUCGUGGUGCAAAGGCGCUCAACGCGAAUGGAGGAGUGUCGACGGAGCUCCUCGACGACGCCAUGACGCGGGCUCCAAUCCUCAGCUUCGGCACCUUGAAGAGCGCUGCUGCCGCCAAAAGGUUCAUCGAGUCGGAAGAGGGCCAACGGAUACUGCGCGAGGGAUUCGAUUCUACAACACGCUUCGGACAUCUCGUUGGCGCUACGCCCCGGCUCGUGGGAUCCCAGAUCUUCCUCAGAUUCAGGGCCCGCACCGGCGACGCCAUGGGCAUGAACAUGAUUGGAAAGGGUGCCACCAAUGCUCUCCAUCAACUGCGCGCGGCCCACAGACAGUGCUCCGCUCUGGAAGAGAUGCAAAUCAUCUCCCUCUCCGGAAACUUGUGUUCUGACAAGAAGGCUGCGGCAAUAAACUGGAUUGAAGGGCGCGGAAAGAGCAUCUGCGCCGAAGCCAUUGUCCCUGCCAGUACCGUCCGAGACAUCCUCAAGUGCUCCGUGAGCGCGCUGGAAGAGCUCAAUACCCGCAAGAACUUGGUCGGGUCCGCUGCCGCCGGCUCCAACGUCGGUGGCUUUAAUGCGCAAGCUGCUAAUAUUGUUGCUGCAAUGUUCGUAGCAACUGGCCAAGACAUUGCGCAGGUUGUAGCAAGCAGCAAUUGUCUAACCCUCUUUGAAGAAAUGCCCUCUGGAGAUCUGAAGGCCUCGGUAACUAUGCCAUCUGUCGAGGUCGGAACUGUGGGAGGGGGGACAGCACUGACUCCUCAAUCGACCAUGUUGGACCUUCUGGGGACACGCGACAAUGCGGACGGAGACGGAACCAACGCAGCACUGCUUGCAAGGAUCAUCGGAGCGGCAGUACUUGCAGGUGAGCUGAGUUUGUGCAGCGCACUGGUGACUCACGAUUUGGUCAAAAGCCACAUGGCCCUGAACCGAAAGUGA